CACUCUCUCUUCCAAAUCUCCCAAAUCCAGCCGCCCGCGAGCAGCCGGCUGAGGGACACGAGCCUUGCGUGCGUGGUCUCCGUCUUCGCCGCCGACGAGGCGGCGACGGCGCUUAUCAGGUAAACCAUACUUGUGAAGAAACAAUAUCAAAGUGGCAGUGGGCACCCUGCGCAACUCUUGUGGCUGAACGUGGGGUGCUUGUUUACAAGGUCCGUCAAAAAGCACAAGAAAAGAAGUGAGGAGGAUCAAGGAACGGGCUUGAGUGCUUCUCUAUUCCACAGAAGAUUCAGAGGGAGAAAAAAACCAAAAAAACUCGAAGAACAGGAAUAUAAGCUGAGGGAGCAAUGAUUUCCGCUCUCUCAUUAUCUUCCCCCCUCUUCCUGGCAGCUCUUCCCAAAGUUCGAGGUGUGAUUUCAUGUCGAGCGGAUUUAGGUAGUCCAUCACGGAAUUCUGUUAGGGUACAUGGCGGGAGGCAAUUGAGGCGUGCAACAAUAGUAAACGUGAUUGGAAGAAAGUCGAAGACCAGGGAAACUAUUGUCCCUGACCCUGACUAUCGAUUGCCAAUUGUUAUACUUGGGAUAGCUGGUGCAUUUGCAUAUGCAGACAAUCUUCUUGCUGCUGCACCUGUAGGCCUACUGGGGUGUCUUCUUUUGUUCCAGACUACUAGAGUAAGAUUUGUCUUUGAUGAUCAGGCCUUGGAAGUUAAAGUGGGCGAUCAGUUGGAGUCGUCAGGUGAAAAUGUAUUUGUCGGUGGCAAGAAUCGUUGGAAGUACUCAACAUUUGUGAACUGGGAACUGUGGUGGCCACAAUUUCCUAUCUUGGUUUACUUCAAAGAGACCCAAACAAAACCCGAAGGCCAAAUCCAUUUCUUCCCCGUGAUUUUCAACGGUCGACAGCUCUAUGAUGCUAUGGUGGAGCGUGCUGGACCUUCGGAAACUAGUGGUCCUAAAUAGUGUGAGCUUCCCUCAGGGCGGUAAUGAGCGAAUUUUUUUUAUUUUUUAAACCUUUUAAAAAAUAAUUUUAUUACUAAUUCUCUGGGGAAAAUAUUUCUAAAUCUAAACUGGCCACGCCAGUGCUGAUGACGUGGCAAGACAACGCUGUCACGCAGCCUGUUCUGGCAUAGCAUGACGUGGCAGUAUUGUCUUGCCACGCCAUUGUCAAUGGCAUGGCAAGACAAUGCUGCCACGCCACCGACAGUGGCGUGGCAAGUCGCUUGACCACGUCAAUGUUGGUGGCGUGGCCAAAAGGUUUAUAGGGUGAAAAUAUUUUCCUCGGAGGUUUAGUAAUAAAAUUAUUUCUUAAAAAGGUUUAAAAAAUAAAAAAAAUUGGUAAUGAGCUGAGCUCCAUAGCCUUUAUAGGUGGGGCACAAGAGCUAGUAUGAUGUACAAUAUUACAGUAUGAAUUCACCUUUAUGAACAAUGUACCCAGUAUAGUAUUCAUAUACUCUGCAGUCUGUAGAUAUAAAAGAAGCUGAUUUGUUA